CAAGGGCGUUGCGGUGUGGUCAAUAGGAAGUGAGAUGCAGAGCUCUCCAGCGCAGCAUGUUGACAGAAAGCCACAGAGGACGUGAAGCAACAGGCAGCAUGGGACACACCAUCGGGAAAAGAUGGACUCUCCAAGUGGUGUUUCUCCUCUGCUUUGGUCCAGGUUUUCUACCAUUUUCCAGAGCACAGUAUUUCAACAUUAUUGACACAGAUGCCCCAGUGAUAUUCCCAGGUGACAAAGUGAACCAGUUUGGCUAUCGUGUUGUUCCAGUGAGUUCUAGUGGAGCAUCCUGGUUGCUAGUCAGUGCUCCCCUUUCAGAGAACCGUACGGGAUCCCUCUUCCGCUGUUCGUAUCACACAGAGAGGUGCCAACGAAUAGAUCUCAACCACCAUUCUGGGAUAUCUCUGGGCCUCUCGCUGGCGGCAGAUGAGGAGACCCAUUCCAAAGUAAUAGCUUGUGGUCCAACUUGGGAGAGAAAAUGUGGGGAUAUCAAUUCUUUGAAUGGCAUCUGCUAUAUCAUAGGCAACGCUGAUCAGGAGUUGAAAGAAAUUCAUCCUGCUGCUCAAGAGUGUUUUACCGGUGUGGAUGCUGUGAUCUUAUACGAUGACUCCGAAAGCAUCCGUGAUGAUAAUCAUGACUUCCUCAAGAUGCAAAACUUCCUCCUGAAUCUAAUGUAUUCUGUACGGGAAAAGGAUGUACAGUUUGCUGUGGUCCAGUACUCUACAGAACCCCUCCUUAUUUUUGAUUUUGCUACGUAUAAUGAAAGUAGAGACCAGGUCAACGAUACUAUCCGUAAUUUCAAACGUUACAAAGGACAAACCUUCACCCCCUCGGCCAUCCGCUUUGUAGCGGAAGAGGUCUUCACCCCUCAACGUGGCAUGCGACCUGACAGCAAGAAAAUCCUCAUCGUCCUGACAGAUGGCAAAUCCAAUGACAGAAAAACUACAUUUGAAACAGCAAAUGCGGCCGCUGAUAGAAAAAAUAUCACCCGUUAUGCCAUUGGGGUGGGUCAGGCAUUCAGCCAAAAUAAAGAUGAGCUGUAUAAAAUUGCCUCCGCAAGAGAGAAUGUUUUCCAUGCAGAUAAUUUCAAUACGCUUCACACACUUCAAAGAGAGCUGCAAAACAAGGUUUUUGGCAUUGAAGGAACCUCAGGAAAUGUAACCUUCAGCUCGUUCCAGAAAGAAUUUUCACAAGGCGGAUUCAGCACUCUUCUCACUGCGGAGCAUGUGGUGUCUGGAACUGUUGGCACUUAUGAAUGGUCUGGGGGUCUGGAGGAAGAGCUUUUGACAGGCCCUCCCCAAAUCAACUUCAUGAACGUGUCGGAUAAAAGCUCCUUGUACUCCUAUCUGGGUUAUUCCAUGGCUCUGGUUCAUCGUGGCCAAAGGAUGUUCUACAUAGUUGGGGCACCACGAUAUGAACACAUUGGAAAAGUGUUUGCCUUUGAAAAACAAAGCAGGAUGUUAGUGGGGAGUGUUGGGGGCGAUCAGAUUGGUUCUUACUUUGGUGCUGAGCUCUCUGUUGUGGACCUUAAUGGGAAUGGACAAACUGAUCUCAUUCUGAUUGGGGUUCCCUUUUACUACAAUGGGGCACAAGGAGGGCUUGUUGAGGUCUGCACCUUUAAUGAGACGGGUGGCCUUAGUCGCCUCCAGAUCCUUCGUGGGCUUCCUGGCAAUGCGUUUGGCAGGUUUGGGAGUGCACUCUCCUCAUUGGGGGACAUUAACGGUGAUGGCCUGGCUGAUGUGGCAGUAGGCGCCCCCUUGGAGGAUAAAGAACGUGGAGCCAUUUAUAUCUUCCUGGGAGAAGUGGAGAGACUCAGGGAAGUUCACAGCCAGCGCAUCUCUGCUGCCUCUUUCUCUUCUGUGCUCCAGUUUUUUGGACAGUCCAUCCAGGGAAGGUUGGAUCUAAGUGGAGAUGAACUGACUGACUUGGCUGUUGGAGCGCUAGGAAGUGCAGUGAUACUUCGAUCCAGGCCUGUUUUCACUGUCAACCUUUCACUGAGUUUCUCUCCUUCACUGAUCCCCCUGGAUGACCCUUCCUGUGGAAGUGGAAAGCAUUUGGGUAUCGGGCCCCGUGGAAACCUCAGCGUUUGCUUCACUUUGCAGCCCAUCAGCCCAAAACAGAACAAUGAUGUUCUGCGGGUAUUCAUCUCCUAUACUAUCCAGUCCGAUGCAGCAAAAUCUAUGCCACGUCUUACAUUUGAGAAUGAGAACCCUACCAUCAACAAGAGCAUCCGUCUUGGAAUGAUGACAGUGUGUGUCAAGGAGUCCCUCCAGGCUCCGGCCUGCCUGGAUGACAUCUUCUCUCCAGUUGUAUUCAGGGCAAACUUCAAAGGUAAAGGGUUAGCUGAUGCCACGAAUCUACGUCCAGUCAUCGACCCUGAAACUAACUUUUCUCCUGCAAUCAAGGUUCCCUUCGAGCAAGACUGUGGCCCUGAUGAGAUUUGUGUGUCUGAUCUUCGGGUCUCCUUCAACUUUUCGGGAUCCAAAGGUCUUAAUCUGAGUCCAGAUUUCAUACUAAAUUUAACGGUGAAACUGGAAAAUGUGGGAGAGACGGCAUAUGAACCAGGCCUUUCCUUUUACUACUCCCCAGUUCUGUCUUUUCAAGGGGUUUCAGUUCUUCAGUCAAACUGGCGCCUGUCCCCAUCUUGCCAAAUGCACGGACACCAAGGGAACUCAUCCACCCACCACAGCUUCUGCAGUUUUAAACCCCCGGCUCUCAAGAGAGGCAUUCAGGCUUUCCUCAAGUUUUCCUUCCGCUCUUCCGAAGGAAAGUCCUGGUAUGACAAGUUUGCAUCCGUCACCAUUCAGGCCCACAGUCAGAAUGAGAAUGACACACGUACCCUAAGUGACAAUGAGGCCACAGGCUCCCUGCCUGUGCUACAUCCAGUCGACGUCAUAGUUAAGGGGCUUCAGUCCACCACCUACCUGAAUUUCUCUACAGAGAUCCCACAAAGGAAAAUCCUUAUGCAUGCCUAUGUGGUUCAAAACAAGGGCUCAAACUCCACCCCAGUCAAUGUGACCUUCGAACUUCCCUCUGAGACAAAGUUGGGCUUCUUCUGGAAUGUGACCCCAACUCACAGUUAUGUGAUGAACACCUCUUGUAUGCCAUUGAUCACCCCCAGGAUGAAAUUAAAGACUACAAAUCUCAAAGAACCAAUUAAGAGAGGAUGUCCAGAGACAGCUACCUGCACCAGAUUUCAUUGCUUGAUUGCCAAUCUCUCUCCAGAAGAGAAGGUCAAAUUCAGGUUUUCUGGGGAAUUUUAUAGAAAGGAAGAUACUAGUAAGCUGGAUUCCCAGAGUUUUCAUCUUCACAGCGAAGCAUCCGUGUUUGUUGACGAGACCAGGUUUUUCCAGGUUCCUCCUGAGAAAUUCCAUUUUAGCCAGAUCAUUACUGAAGUGGAGCUGAUUUCACCUUUCAACCCUGUUCCCAUAAUCAUCGGCAGCACUGUCGGUGGGAUCCUGCUCUUAGCCAUUCUGGUGGCUGUCUUGUAUAAGGUUGGAUUCUUUAAACGGAAGCGCAUUCCCAAGGUGGAUGAAACCGCAAUGACCUCAGUUGCCCCAAGUGAAGAGGCUCCUCCACCUUCAAGUAGCUCCUAAUUUGGCAUUGGCCUGAGAGUCGCGAUUUCUGAUUUUUCUGGAACGGAAAUUGAGAGACAGGACUAUUUGAGGAAGGACUAGGGAAUGGGAGCAGGUUAAGAAGAAGAGGCUAGGAACCAGAACAAAACUAUUUAUUGUAAUAGCCAUGUAUGUUUUUGAAUUUGGAAAGCCAUAGCCCACUAGUACAACAACCCAAUAAGAAUUCAUUUAUGCAGGCAGG